CCAUCGUCCUUCCUCCCGUGUGCGUAGAGGGGAAUUUCUGGAGAGUGUGCCCAGGAUGUAUAUAAGACAUACAGGUUACCACAUGUAGUCAGAAAACAUUGGUUCAGAGAACAAGUUGGGACUCACAACAAGGAUCAAGGACUAAAAACAAGACGUUAGUACCUACUAUCUACAAACUACAAAACAGCCGACUACAAACCUAUUCAUCCAGAUCUAACUACAAAGACAAUAUGGAAUUUGAGUCAAACUGCAGUCUAAUGAAGAACACCUCUGCCAGUGUAGCAUGGAGCUCCAAGCUUCCCCAGGGUCUGGAUGUGGAAAUAUCCCAUCACCCCAUCACCCUGCACUGUGUGGCCAACCUCCUCAUCGCCAUGGAGAGACUAAAUGGUGGCAAGGGGUUUACCCUGGGAACCGAGUUCAGGGAUGAGGACCUGCUCAAUUUCUUGCUAGAGAGCGCAGUGGACGAACAUAUAGUGUUGGAGUUGGGCUCGGCGCACACAGAGCACAUUGAAGCCAGAAGCAGAGCUCCAGGGUUCAGCAGUAAAGGAGAGUACGAGUGUAGUGUCACUGACUCUGAGAAUAAGUGCUGGGUGCUGAACGAAGGGUCUAUGGAGCUGCAUGCUAUGAUGCUGCAGGGAGGCAGCAGCUACCAUAAAGUGCAUUUGAACCUGUCUACGUACGUAACGCCUGUCCCCAGUGAGACUGAAGCAAGGCCUGUAGCCCUGGGCAUCAAGGGAUCCAACCUCUACCUAUCUUGCAUAACAUCAGGAGGCACGCCCACCUUGCACCUAGAGGAGGUGGCAGACAAGGAACAGCUGAAGUCCAUCAACCAUGAGAGCGACAUGGUGCGCUUCCUCUUCUACAAACGGGACACCGGAGUUGACGUCAGUACCCUGGAGUCUGCCCAUUCCAGGAACUGGUUCAUCAGCACGGCCCUACAGCAGGACAACACCAAAAUGGUGAACAUGUGCCAGAGGGCAACCCCCAACCGCUUCACCACAUUCACUAUCCAGCGCCACAACUGAGGUGGGUGCCGAAACUGACACCACAGAUCUCUCAUAGAGAUCCUAUAUAAUUCAAUGUUAUUUGUAUUUUUGUUGAACCUUUAUUUAACUCAGCAAUAGAGAUUAUAUAUGUGAUUCUAUAGGGCCUUUGUGGUCAGGGCUGGAUUGCCACUGUCUGUACGUCUAAAGAUUAGGUGUAUGUUUGUAAGACACAAUAAAUUCUUCAGGUUGUAUGUAUGUACUGUAUGUAUGUACUGUAUGCAUGUAUGUAUGUACUACUAGAGCAAUUCACCAUUGGGGUGUAUUGACUUGGUCAAAGUUUACCACAAGAUGGCACCGUUGAGUCAGAUUGUGGCAAGCGCCCAUGAUAUUUAUUGUACCGUAUUUAUUGCUGAAAUCCAAAAUGAACGUAUUGCUUACUGUAAUUACAUUUCUACUAAUCAUAAUAUUGUUCUACUAUUUAUUAAUGUAUUUAUAUUUCCGUGAUUAUACUUAUUUAUCAUUGUAUUUAUUUGUCAAUCUGUUGAUGUUGCACUUAUUCAUUGAUACAUGCAAACAUUUGAAUUGUCCUACAUAUGUGCUCUUUUGAAUAAAUA